AUGGAUGAACAGCAAGCUUUGAAUUCAAUCAUGCAGGAUUUAGCUGUGCUUCAUAAGGCCAGUCGUCCUGUAUUGCCCCAGCAAGAAACAGGAAAACCAAAGUCAUCAUCGCCUAAAAAACAGAAUGAUGUUAGAGUCAAGUUUGAGCAUCGAGGUGAAAAAAGAAUCCUGCAAUUACCAAGGCCUGUUAAACUUGAAGAUCUUGCAGCUAAAGCUAAAGUUGCUUUUGGACAGACUAUGGAUUUACAUUACAGCAAUAAUGAGCUUGUAAUUCCAUUAACCACACAGGAUGACCUGGACAAAGCUGUGGAACUGCUUGACCGUAGUGUUCAUAUGAAGAGUCUCAAGAUACUACUUGUAAUACAUGGAAAUACACAGUCACCCAGUGUAAAUAACGUGGAACCCUUGCCCUCACUGGAAGAUUUAGAUAAUACAGUGUUUGGUGUGACAGACAGAAAACGGCGACUGUCUGUAAUAGGUUCUAAUACCCGUGAUAGGAGUUCACCUCCCCCAGGAUACAUUCCAGAUGAGCUGCAUCAGGUGGCCCGAAAUGGAUCCUUCACCAGUAUCAACAGUGAGGGUGAAUUCAUUCCAGAAAGUAUGGAUCAGAUGCUGGAUCCAUUGUCUUUGAGCAGUCCUGAAAACUCUGGCUCAGGAAGCUGUCCCUCACUUGACAGCCCUUUAGAUGGAGACAACUAUCCCAAAUCUCGGAUGCCAAGAGCACAGAGCUAUCCAGAUAAUCAUCAGGAAUUCUCAGAGUAUGAUAUUCCAAUAUUUGAGAAAUUUGGAAAGGGGGGGACUUAUCCCCGAAGAUACCAUAUUUCAUAUCAUCAGCAAGAAUACAAUGAUG